GAUGAUUGAAUGACGUCACGUCACGGAGUUUGGCGGAAGCAGUGGUUUCGUUUCUUAGCAACCAGUGUAUCAAAAUGGCGGACAAAUAUAGCGCAGAGGCUAUUAUAUCAGAGACCCAUAAGAAGAUAAGUCAGGCCUUUGAUGUUUUUGACCCUGAAUCCAACAAGACUGUUGAUGUCAGAGAAAUAGGCACAAUUAUUCGUUCACUUGGUUGUUUUCCCUCGGAGGCUGAAUUGCAUGAUAUCAUUGCUGAGUUAGAGGAGGAAGAGCCCACUGGAGUUGUACGUUAUGAGAAGUUUCUUCCCACUAUGACUAAAAUCCUGCUGGAGCGCAAGUUCCGUCCAAUUCCAGAAGACAUGAUUCUGCAGGCCUUUGAGGUUCUAGAUCAACAGAAAAAAGGACAUUUGGAACCAGAGGAACUGAUCAGAUUUUUAACACAAGAAGGAGAACCCUUCUCUCAGGAAGAGAUUGAGGAAAUGCUAUCUGCUGCUGUUGAUCCAGAUAAAAACGUCAUUUUCUACAAGGAUUUUGUGAGCAUGAUGACUAUUCAUGAUAUUCUGUGAUGUCUGAGGGAACACACAGAGAGUUACAUUCAAAGCAUUAAAAAUCUGAGUAACCAUAAUAAAUAAUUGUAAUGA